AUGCCGACCAAACCGGAUAUGGAAGAAAAAUCUCAUCCAGGUCAGUGUUUUAUGUAAACGUUUUUUUUUAUAAUUACAUUUUAAACAUUGUGUAGAGCCAGUUAAUAUUAAGAUAAAAAUAAUUAAGUCGAAUCAUACAUAAAAAUUAAUUAAAAUCGUUGAAAAUCUAAAAAAAAAAACUAUCUUGAUUCAUAUGCAAUACUCUAUCUUAUACUUCAAUUGAUUUUUAUUCGAUUCAAUUAUUACAAAAAAAAAAAAAACAUAUUUUGCGCAAUAGUUAAGUCACUGUUAUACGUGAGAAGUGCUUUGUGGUAAAAAAAAAAAAAUGUUGAGCAAAUGCUAACUGGCUUAUCAUUUUUAAAUAUUCAUCUAAAUGAAAACAUUAAUAUAGAGAAUAUUAUUGAAAAACCGCUUGCAAAACGCUGCUUAAAAUAAAAAUAUUUUGGACUGAGUCAUCUAACUUUUAUACAUUAUUAUUAUUUGUAUUAUUAUUAUUAUCAUUAUUUUAAUUAUUAUUUAUUUAAUGUAAAAAAAAUUAAUUUAACUUUUAAAUUGUACUGUUUUACUGCAUUUAUACAAUACAUCUACAGUUUUCUAAGUUAAUAUAAGUUCAAAUGACAUCAUACUUAAAGGUUGUAAGUUUUUGUUGACCAAAAUGCUGGUAUUAAUGGUAAAUAUUGUUCGUCCCCUCAUGGAAUUGACACGAAGACGCUCCUGAGCAAUGCUAUUAAACGCGCUCCUCUUAGAAUUGUUUUUGUUGACAAUGCUUAGAUUUGCUUAAGUGCAGAUGUGCGUUAAUUUUUUCUCAAUAUCUUACCUUCCCAACUUCUCAUCUAUAACAUUGGUACAUCCAUCAUGCGAAAUUGUACCCUGUAUAAAAAAAAUUUUAAAUUAAAAAAUAAAUAUCAUUUUUAGGUGUUAAAUUUAUCAUAUUUUUGGUUUUUGUAAGUUUUACAUCGUUGAAUAAUUUACAUAGUACAACAGUAAAACUAAAAAUAACUUUCAAUGAUAAUUAAUACAUUAUUAUUCGUUGCUAUUUCUCCAUCCGAAAACUACAUUUUCACACUACAGAUGUCGUUUUUCACUCGAUCCAUACUUAUAUAAUUCUUGAAUUAUUAUGAUUGAAAUUCUUUAUUUUUUUUAUUUAAAAUUAACUUAGUAAACCAAGCUGUAAUAAUAUAGUAAAUUAUAUCUGCAUGAUAUGAAAAAUAAUGCAUUUUAUUUAUCUGUAAUUAUAUCCGUUAAAGCAUUAUUUAAUAUAAAAAAUCAUUAUUAUAUUAUUGUAGUGGACUUUUAUUGAUCCAAGAGUUAAGACGGAAAAAAUAGCAACUCCUGUUCACCUCUAAUAGUGUAAUUCUGCUGUCGGUACGUUAUUUGCCGUUUUGUAAAAUAUACCUACGCUUAGGCGGUAAAAAUAUAGUGAUUGGUGACUUUGUAUUUCGUAGGUUUAUAGAGUUUAAACACGAAGUCCCGGAAGUCACAUUGAUUUGUAUUAUUUUCACCGACCUUUCUUUAUUUUAUUUAUACAAUUAGUUUCCAUAUAUUUUUAUAAAAAACAAAGAAAUUUAAUAAGCUUUUAAUUUUGCCUAUCUGCCCGUCUUGAAAAUUUCGGGAUUGGGAAAUUGGGUCCCGAGAAAAAAAACAGGUAGUAGGUAAAUUGGGUCCUUGUAAAAAAUAAAUUGUAUAUUGUUUAUACGAGUCAAAUUUUAUUAUUGUGGUAUUAAUUGCAUAAAUUGUGUGAAUAAUAUUAUAAAUAAACUAAUAAAUCUUAAGGUAAAAAUGUAAAAGAAAAUUCAAUUUCUAUUAUUAUAAUUCAAUUAAAUUAGGUAUGUAUGUUUAUUAUAAUAUUGUGUUCUCGGUUCGUAAAAUAAAUGCAUUUUGUUAAAUUUAUUUAAUAAAGAAUUGUUUCUGCUUUCCGGUAUUUAUACCUAUAAGCGUGCGGAAGUCUUCUUGGCGGGGGAAACAAUGAUUUUGAAAAUUAAAGCUUACACAAAAAUCUUUAGCAAAAAAUAUGCUAAUAUUUUAGAGGUAGCUUAGCGUUAAGCCCCAAUAGUAUUGAUUAUGUAUACUUAGUAUUUACUUGAUGGGAAAUUUAUUUAGGGAGUUUGGUUGAGUACUCGGAAAGGGCGUCUAUAUCCUUUAAAGCCCCUUUCCUUUUUGUACAAAUGCAUUAAAUUAAGGGUAGCUUAGAGUUUAAUAUUUAAAAAAAAAAAAUGUAUAUCCAACAUAUUUUUUUAAAAUAUAUUUUGGUAGAAAAUCUCUCAGGGUAGGCUGUUGCAUCUCCUGCCUCCCCCGUGCGCACUCUUGUGCUUAUAUCUCCUUUCCUGGUCUAUUUUCGAAUAAUUGUCAAUAUUUAAAAAAUAAUUGGAAUUGAUUUUUAUUCGAUUAAUUAUGAAAAAUGUAUUCAAAUAUGUCUACUUAAAUAUCGCUACCCAUACAGUGUACGUUAUAGAUUAGGUUAGGUACUUUUAUCUAAUAUAUAUAUUUAUAAAUGGCAUAAGUACUAACAAUUGGAUAAAAAAAAUUGAAGAAAUUGUUAAGAUUGGCAAUUUUGACCAUUUCUCCAGCCCCUACAGUGAAAAAAAAUACUAUCAAUUGGGCCAAGAAAAAUGUCAUAUUUUAAAAUUGGGAGAUCCGUGGAAAUGUACAUGAUUGUAAUGUAUUUAUACAUUUUAAUUAAAUAUUCAGUAGUAAUUAUAAUAUGAAAGAAUGUACAUGCCAAAAUUACAGAAUUUAAAUCCAAAUAGAUUGAUACGUAAUACUAUGUACAUGCAAAGUGACAACGGAAAGCUAAAAACAGAAUACAGUGAUUAAAGUUAAACAAAAUUUCACUGUAACUUCAGUGUUUGAGAACUGAGUACUAUAAUAAACAUAUAGGAGCUUCUAUUUAGGUGUAUUGGUAGCAGCUGUGAGUCAAACAGAAACAUAAUUUUUAAAUUCCAAGAUAAACACUUAUGAUGGUGGUCAGUAGAUAAUUUCGCCGCGUGACUCUGCUUAUGAAUAAAUUAGAUUGGGAAUACAAUAAUAAUUUAUUAUGAUUUAAACUAGAUUUAAUUGAAAAAUAAAUUUUUUUAUUUUUUAUUUUUUUUAUUAAUGUUGAAAAUUCAUGUCAAUAGCCAAUAACAAUAUUUUUCAUCGGUUCAUUUUCGUCAAUAUAAGACCCACUGGGUAAGUCCGGAUGUUCUGGUGGGUCAGUCUGCCCCUGCUCUUACGCAGUCUUAUGUUUUAAAUUCUAAAUGGAGCCAAGAAUAUAUAGGUUGUACUAUUAUGAAUAUUUUUUUUAUCUGUGAUCCAAUUUUCUACGAAAAAUCUUCCCCCUAUAAAAACAUGAUAAUUGACCUUAUUUUUAUUACAAUUUGUGCGUUACUGUUGUAGAUGGGAAGUGGAAAAGGUAGGAUACAUAGAUUUACUUAAUUUACAUCUAUAAGCAACAAUAAACCAUUAUUAACGAAAAAUGAUCCUCAGCGAAGUCCAUUUAUAGAUAUUUCGAAAUGCCGCAAUGUUUAUAACUUUUAUGAAAAUUGGAUCUUAAAAUGAUUAUAAAAAAAAAAAAACUAGUAAAAUACUAAAAAAAAUACAAACAAUAAAUACCUAAAUAACCGCAAAAAUAAAAUGAACAUUUUACCCCGUUUAGAAAGUCCAAUUAUUAUUGUUUUCUUUAAUAAUUGUCUUUCAAAAUUUUUGGUAUCUAAGAAUAUUUUUAACUGAAUUACAACAAAUAAACAAAAUCGAAAAUGUAUGCUAAAAUGACUUUCUUACUAACCAAAUAGAUUAAAAAUGCAACCAAAAAAUAUCUUUUGUUUUUUUUCGAUUAUACCUAUAUUUCUGGUAGAAAACAUAAUGCUUACAAAUUAAAACCAAUGAAAUCACUAAAGUUGUAGUACCCUUAAAAAAUCAAAAAGUUACCUGUUAAAUGAACAAACCAGAUCUAAAAUACAUCAAAAUAGAACUUUUCUCAUUUUUCAAUUAGAGCGAGACAUUUGAUCGAAAAGUUGUUUAGACAAAAAAAAAAAAACGAAGACGGAAAUAAAAUCAUAUUAAAACUAAUACGUUCCUCGCUACGCUUAAAAUCUAAAAUUUACUGUAAAGAAAUAAUAUGUUUUUCUUUUUUCUUUUUUAAAUCUUAUUAGUUUUAUUUAACUAAGUAACUAAUUUGGUAUUUUCACCGACUAAAUUUUAAUCUAACUAAAUAACCAUAUUUAAUUAUAAUUGUAAGUUAUUUAAAUUACGAAUAACUACUCGUCAUUUUUAUUAGGACUGUGAAUUUAAUGCAGUAAAGAAACCUUAAAAAAAGAAAUUUAAAAUCUCAAAAAUGCACUUAAAUUGUUUUUUUAAAUACUCAGAAAAUCACUUUUUUAAAAAAUUGAAGAAAUUAUCGUUUUAUUUAUAAUUUUUUCAAGUUCGACACUUAUAAUAUGCUUGUCUUCCAAUGUGCUAUUUUACAAUACAUUAUUUUUCAGCUGAAACUUCUAUGCCACAUAUUUUGCAGCAUAAUAUUUUAUUAUUAGUAGAAAAAAUAUCUGCUCUAUAUUCAUUGAUGUACUUUCACAAAUUUGACGAUAAAGUAGGUUUUUAUUUGGGUUUUUUACUAUACGUACUUUUACUUUUACUGUAUACACUUGCAAAUGCCGAACAGGUAUAAAACGACAUUGCUUCUAUUGUCUAAUAGCUUACAACCACCUAUUAAGAUUAUAGAUUAAUAUUACAGAUAUUAUAGAUUAAUCUAUUUAUUUUAGAAAUUCACUAUACUGAUAUGCCAUAAUUAGAUAAAUUCAACCCUAAGACACUUAUCGUAUCGUGAAAAAUCCUACGUUGUACUUGCAUGUAUUAUACAGCGUGGAUAUUAUUAAUUGUAAAACAUAAAUAUGACGUAUAUACAGCCAGUGUAAAAUAAAAAAUAAGUGUGUAAAGGUGAUAACUAAUGGAAUUAUAUAAAACUAAUGCAAAAUGCACUUAAAGUGAAAAAAAUACUACAAAUUUACAGCCCUAACAUUACACAGGUAAUGGUAUAACAAUUUACCCAUAAAUUAAUAAAGUCUUCAUCUAACUAUUUGUGUUUAGUGGUAAAUAUUUUAUUUCAUUUUUUCUAACUAUGAUAAAACCUAAUAUAUUGUAAACAAUUUAGUGUAAAUAAUAUAAAAUAAUUAAUAGAUAAUAUUUACUAAGAAUUUUUGCAGGUGAGUGGACGCCGAUGCUUAAUUAAACUGUUCUUUGUAUAUAAGUAUAUAUUAAUGAACUCCGAGUUUCAAUGUUCAUACAAUUUAUUUUAAUAUCGUGUUGAUUAUAGAAAACUUAAAGAAAAAAAUAAUAAAAUGGAAUUAUCAAUUUAUAUAUUGUUCAAUACUUAUAAUUAAUACCUUCUCUUAGUUUUACUGACCUUAAAAUGUUCACACAAUUAACAAAAAAAAUAACAAAAAACAUUCGUAUUAUACGUGCAUGCUUUACAUUUAUUUUAUAUAAUUUUUAUAUUAAACAGGUGUACAGGUAUUACGUUUAAAAUUAACGGACAUGCAUCACAUCAGGGGUAUGCCCGUGAGGAAAUUAUGGUGUUAUAUGUUCCUUGGUCUAUUUUAUUAAUAUACAUAUAUUGUUUGGUGGUAAUAUUCAAUACAAAACCGUCGUAGAAAAAUAUUGUAUUUUUUUGAUAAUUUUAUGAUGUAAUAUAUCUAAUCGUUGUUGUUGAAUCUAAAAAAGCUAUCUUAGGAUAAUAAGGACUGGUGCCGUCACUUUUAUAGGUAAUUUAAUCUAUACCUGUAAGCAACGAUAAAUCAUUGCUAACGAAAAAAGCAAAUAUGCAAAUAUGAAGUUGCCCAAGUUGCCUUAUCAAAAAUUUAUAUGUCAUAUUAUGGUAAAAUAUUUAUAUAGCUAAUAUAUAUUUUCUUUAAAAGUAUUUGUUGAACAUUGUACUUAUUUUUCAGUUUUUCCUAAGGUUUUCCCGUAGUUUUUUCCGAAUUUCCCAUUCAUUGAAAAAACUACUGAGAAAAUCGAAAAAUGACCUCCUAAAAGAACCUUCCCAUACCGAGUUUCUUUUAGAAAAGGUACUACACUUAAAAAUGGAGAGCAAGAUUUCUGGCAUAAAAAGUUGUACACAGAAAAAAAAUCGUUUUAAAACCGCUUUAAAAAAAGCUUAUGAGCUUCAUCUCUUCACUCAGAAUCUAAAAUAGUUAAUGCAAACUAUAUUAUGUUAAUCUUAAUAGUAAUUUGUAAACCUAUGACUUGUGCUUAUGCUAAAAUUUAUGUAAAUCGUAGGUAAAUAUUUUUGAUUAUUUUUUAACAAUAAUUAGAAUGUUCAAAUCAGUAGAAACAAAUUUAGAGGGACUCUGGUAUUUUUUAUUAUAAAUUUAUUGUUUUUACAAUAAUGUUUAUUUAUUAUUUUAAAUUCUGAUUGAAGCAGAGUAAUAUAAAAACAUAGGCUUUUUUACAAAAUGUUUUUUUAAUCUACGCGCAAAUUUUUUUAAAAGGAAAUCUGACUGGGGAGGUACAUUAGGAAGGUCAUUUUUAAAUUUUCCCAGGAUUUUCAUUAACUAAUCGGAAAAAACGGGAAAAAAUACGAAAAAUUAGAUAUUACUUGACAAAUAUAACGGCCUUUUUAUUCCUGUGAUCAAUUUUUCUAUUAGCAAUUUUGCUCCGAUUUACAAUAAUAGCACUUUUUCUGAAAGAAAAUAUCUUACUGAGAAGAUACUUUAUGGAGAUAAUUUAUUGAAUUUCCUAGGAGUUUACUCAACAAAUGGGAAAAGUGUAGGAAAAAUCGGUACAUUAAACAAAUAUUAUUAAAGAAAAUAUAUAAUACCUAUUUAAUUAUUUUACUAUAAUUUCGCAUAUUAUAUAUUGUUGAUAAAGAAUCAUUAUCAUUCGGUUUUCUAAGGGGUUUUCAUAAUAAGUGGGAAAAACCAGGAAAAACAGUGGUAAACGGAUAAAUAUUUAGGGCGUAACGAUUUCACAAUUUUACAAUUAUGUAACUUAUGUUUUCUACUAUUAAUUUUCUUUAAUCAAAAAAUUACGAAACAUUUUAUUUUGUUGAAUUUCGGAUCUAGUUGCUCACAAAAAAAAAUGUCGGUUUUUUGAUUUUCCAAAUAUUUUUCAUAAUAAUUGGGCAAAACCGAAAAAAAUGUUUUAUUAUUUUAUUUUCAUUCAUUUAAAGGUAUUUGUAGAAAAUUGAAAUUUGAACAGAAACUUAUAUUUGUUAUGGUUAAUAUAAGCCAUGUAAUAUAUAUAUAAAUUUUUUAAUAAAUAUUUUAAUAUCAAAUUUUGAGGAAAAUCGUAAAUAUUACGGUCUUUUAACCGAACUCCACUCAGAAUCGUUUUUCGUAAGUAAAGAUUAAUCGUUACGUACAUAUACAUAUAUUAAAUUCCUUUUAUAUCCUACCUUCUCAACUUCUCACCUACAACAGUCGUCCACUCAUCAUGCAAAGUAUAUUUUUAUAUUUUUUUACCUCCACAUAGGAGGUAAAGUGAAUUUUGUGAUCUCUUGCGCUCCUCGCACAUAAAAUGAUAUUUUUUAAUUAAUUAUUAUGUGCACCUGUUGAACACGUGAUGACGUGAAGUUUAUAUACUAAAUUAGGUACUGGCUUAUCUUAAACAAUAUGCUAUACCUGAAUAAAUUAUUAUUAAAAGUGGAUUAGUGCUGCAUACAAUGUUAGCUAAAUUUAAUUUGAGUUAUCGUAAAUGAUCGGUUAUUGUUCAGUGACCUGCCAAACGAUAUUUGUAUUCACCUUAUAAAUAUGGACUUUUUUCAUUCCUACGUGUUAGUCUUACAGACGAACAACCGAUUGACGGAUGAAAAAAGGUGAAUAACUUAACUGUGAUUCUAUUUGUCGUCAUUUGAAUUUUGUUUCUUAAUUUAUACUAUUAAAAAAAAAAAAAAUACGUCUAGUAUCAUUUUUUACUUUUAUUUAAGUUUUUCAUUUUAAAGGCAAUUGUUUAAAAUCACUUGUUUUGCGUUUAAGACUAAGUAUUUCUAAUAAGUUUUAGUUUUCAUUGACCACACCGCGCAGCACUUUUUGGUCACCUUUAACCUGUAAUAGAUAUUUAAGACAUAAAAUAAUCACGUAUGUUAUCCGUUAUUAUAAAGUAUAAGAUUUUUUUAACAAAUAAUUAUUUGGUAUGUUAUUAUUAUUAAUAUUAUUUUUUUAAUUUUUUUUUUUUUUAGAUACUAAGAUAGAUAUGGAAAUGGCACCGUCAGUAAUCGAUAUUGAAUCCAACUGUAAAGAUACUAGAGAACGUUCGACAACGUAAGUAUAUCUUGAUCAAUCUGUCAUAAGACAUUCAUUAUCUCGGAAAAUAUUAACUUUUUUCGACAUUUAUUAUGUAAGAAAUUUUAGAAACAAACAGCUCUUAAAUUUUACAUUUAUGUUUUUAUUUUUUGUCACCCUAAUUUUUGGAGUGAAACGACUACUUACUUUUGAUAUUCAAAUGGCAACCUAUAUUAAAAAUUCGAUAAAUAGAAGGAGUAGUAGUUAAAAUAAAUGUUGGUGUUUAAAUUUUUAAUUCCAUCAAUCCGUUGACAAGAUAAUACAUUUUUAAUUUUGGAUAGGAGAAGAGUAUAGUGGUACAUUCUUAAAUGUUAAAUUUUUGAACAGCUUGUUUAUAAAAUGUUCUUUAAAACAAAUUUCGAAAAAAGUUGACAAUUUCCCAGAUAAUGAGUGUCUUACGAUAGAUUGAUCACCUCGUAUAUUUUAUUUGAAAACCAAUCAGCUUUGGGGGGGUAUAUAGAUGUUUUUGGUAUACGUGUACGGUGUACCACAAACAAUGAGUACCAAAUAAUUACCUGCUUUGUAAUAUCGAAUCACAAGAUUUAUUUUUUGUAUCAUUAUCUUAUAUAGCUUUUCACAAUCCAUUUUUCACUUGGUCAAGGCUAGUUUGGGUACUGGAAUUUUGGCUAUGCCCUCCGCGUUUAAAAACGCGGGGUACAUGGUAGGUAUUCUCGGAACUAUAGUGAUAGGUGCGAUAUGCACCUACACAAUACAUAUACUGGUAAGUGAAAGACACAUCGCAUAUUCCUUAUAAUAUUUUAUCGUUUAAUUAUGUUACACAUGGUUACUCCUAUAUUUGACCUUUCCGUUUUAUAUAGACCAAUUCGUCAACCGAACUCAGCAAGACCGAACAAAAUGACAAGGGGUUGAACUAUGCAGAAACCGUAGAAGCGGCCUUCAGAAAAGGUCCAAUUUUUUUCAGGAAAUAUGCAAAACUGGCCAGGUAACAAUACCGUGUAACGAUCUUGUGAUUUGGCGUAAAUAUAAAAAUAAAAUAUUAAAAUUUACGGUGUAUGAUAACGGUGGUAAACCGUUUGCUCGUGUUUUUUUUUUUUUUUUUAUAGAUUCGUAACCGAUACACUUAUAGUGUUGUAUCAACUCGGGAGUAAUUGUAUUUACAUCGUUUUUAUAUCUGAGAACAUUAAAGCGGUAAGCAAAUUUAUUUUAUACAAUAUAACGGUUAUUAUCAAUAGAUAAGCGGAUAUGCGGUACUAUUAUAUUGUCAAUAUCCGGUUCGUUUUCAGGUAGUUGAUGUCUAUACUGAUGGAAAUACGGAUGUCCGGAUGUGCAUGUUUGCUAUAUUAAUCCCACUGUGGUCGACGAUUUGGCUAAAGGACUUUAAGGUUCUUUCACCCUUUUCAACCAUCGUUACGUAUCUAACAAUGGCAAGCUUCACCAUAAUCUUCUAUUACAUUUUCCGGGAUAUGCCUUCGUUAGAGCACCGAAACAAAGUCGGCACGGCAUCAAACAUACCUCUAGCAUUAGGCACCGUAUUGUUCGCGAUGGAAGCCAUAGGAGCGGUAAGCAGUGUUGUGUUUUAUGUAUAUCUAGUCUAGAUAGGUAUUUUUGUAUUUUUUUAUUAGUUUUAUCCUAUCUAGAUGAAAAACAAUUUUUUCUUACCUUAAGGUAUCAGAGAUUAAUAAUAAUUGAAUUAUUUUGCUCGAAAUAUUUACCAAACUCGAUAGACAUCGUAUUACUUUUAGUUUUAUAAUAUUAUAUAAGCAAAGGAUUUAACUAUUAUUUUUUAUUCGUUUUCUUAAAAAAUGUGUUGACUAUUUAUUUUUAUCUAGAUAAUUAAAUUUUUAUUUAUCUUUUAUCUUCAUCUAGAUGAUUAUUCUACCAAUUACCCCUUAUAAUUACAGAGAUAUUUUAAAAAAUAUCUUUAUGCACCUUUAUAACGCUGGUGGUAAUAAGUACAGAAAUCACAGUGACAAUAGUAACUAUAAUAAUGCUCCAUAUUUUUUUCGAAAAUUAAUUUUAAUUAUCAUUUUAUAAGAUUAUUUCGAUCAAUUAUUCUGCAGAUAACACCAGCUGUUAUAUAGUUUAAUCAGAUACAUCAUAUGGAUAUUCCGUUUAUUUAUUAUUUAUUUUUCAUAUGGCAAUCUGCUUAUAAUUCUAAGAAUAUAAGAAUAUAAUCUAUCAACCGUUUCAGUUGGUUGUCUUCAUUUUUUUUUUUUUUAAAUUUUCCUCGAUUUUUACACGGUAUUAUGGCUGAUAUAUAUAUAUUUAUAUCUAUAAAUGGGUUCAAACUUUCAAAGUUUAAAUUAGGGAGAUUAGAGUUUUAUUAUAGACGGAUAGAAGUGAUAAAAGUUUCGCUGAAUUUCAAUAUGAAUUUCAGCGUGUUUUUGAGUGAAGCAUAUUUAUUUUAAAUUUGAAUAAUAAAAAAGACCAUCUUCUCCAAUGAAUAUAAGGACAUGACAUUUUAUGUAUAUGUUACGUUUAGUAUCAGGAUUUUUUAAGGAUUUCAAAUUGCAAUCUCCUCCAUUUUUUUUUUUUUUUUUUUGACAGACAUUUUUUUUAUUAUUAUUAUUUUUUUUGUCCGUUAGCAGCUUUCCAAACGGAAAACUUGCUCCGAUUUAUCGUGUAAUUAAGUGUUAGUGAAGUACCUAAUCUGAGAGGAAAUUAUAUCUAGUUUAUGCAUUGGGGAGGAUCAUCUAACUAGAUCUAAAAUACCCCUAUUGAUAUGAUCAUUUAUUGAUUUUCAAAAGGGGUUUGCAUAAUAAUUAGGAAUAACUGGAAACAGACAAAAAAUGACAACUGACAAAUUCAUAAUGGUUUCAUUAUUUUAAAUUUGUACACUGUAUUUCAUAUCAGAACUAUUUCUCCAAUCGAAAAAUGGCAGGACAUUAUUGCAUUUUUAAUCUUUUUAGUGAGUAAUAAAGUUAUUUUUUGAUUUUCUUUAUAAUUUUUUCACUAAUUGAACAAACCAAAAAACGUUGAAAGAAUGAGAAAGCUUCAGGAAAUAAUGGUUUUAUUACUUUAAAUUUUGCUUUUUUGUUGUAAUUCGGUUAAAAAUAUUCGUUAUCCUAAAAUUUUUUUUUGUUAAAAAAUCAAUUUUUCAAACCUCAAUUGUACUUAUAUUUUAACAGCUUUUUACUAUACUAAUUAAAUUUUAUAAAAUGUAUACUCUGUUUUUGAUACAUAUAUAUAUUUAAAAAUUUAUACCCACUGAAAAUGUCGAAAAUCUUUUAAUAUUUCCAAGAUAUUGUAAAUAGUGUGAUUUUCAUUUGUCACCAUGUUAAAUUUUUUGUUACACGUUACAUAUUAUAUUAUUGUUAUGUGUUUUAUUUGACAUAUGUUAGAUCUUGCCACUUCUGAACGAUAUGAAAUACCCAGAAAGGUUUAGCAGCAAAUUCGGAGUCAUCAACGUUUCUCUAAUACCAAUCGCUGGUCUCUACGCGUUUAUUGGUUUUUUCGGAUAUUUGAGAUAUGGUGAAGAGACAAAAGGAUCAAUCACAUUGGAUUUACCAUCAGAAGAAAUGUAAGUACAUACUAAUAAAAACAUCAUGUCCAUCGAAAAAUUGUACACUUAUACAAUUUGUAUUUAUAUAGACCUGCUCAAAUCACCAAAUUGAUAUUGUCAUUGUCUAUAUUUAUCUGCUAUGCUCUUUCUAAUCUAAUAAGUUAUGACAUUUUCGAAAAAUUUUUCGACCGUACGUGUCCAAGAAACAAGAAUGUUGGAAUGCAUAUACUCCGAACGUCAACAGUCCUAAUCACGUGUGAGUAUUAUCCAGUAUUAUAUCUAAAACUCUGAUGAAAAAAAGGUUCAGUAAAAAAUUUUAAUAUUUAUUUUUAUUAUUCCAAUACUGUAUGAACAAAAUUAUUUAAUCAUCUACCUUGGUAUCUUAUCUUAAACGCAAUAAUUAUACAAUUUCUACAAAUAUCUUAAAAUGUAGGUACAUAAAACAUUACACUUAUAUUUAUUUUUCACACUACAUUUCCAUCGUAAACUAUUAUUUAAUUUAUGUUAAAUUUGCUUUUGUUUUUAAUUUUAAAAUUUCGCUCAUAUUUUCGACAGAAAAAAAUAUUGGCUAAGUUUAAUACAACAAAAUAUUUCAACACAUUUGCCUAAACAUAGACUGAUGUUAAAGGGAAAUUGUUUUAAUUAAAGUAAAGUAUACUAAGUAUAGUAUAAUAUUAUUAUUUUCCAGUAGGCAUAAAGUUAUAAUAUAAUUUAAUAUUAAUAUUUAUAAUUAUAUGUAUAUAAUUAAAUUCGUAUUAAAUUCGGGUAUUCCUGGUUUUUUAUUCUUGAUGUUUUAUUCCAUAGUAUUUCUUUGAGAGAAUUUUUUCGCCGGACUUUUGUUCGGGAAUUUACAUUACCUAUAGACUUUAGACUUUAAAUGGAAAUAUAGUUAUAAACCAAAUAGGUACCUUAAGAACGACCCAAAUAAAAUAAAACCCUGCAACGUCGUGUCGUCCAAUCACAUCCAUCGUAUAAUAUACCAUUUUGAUUUUGAUUUAUAGUUAUCCUUGCUGGAAUUUUCGCAAACUUGGAAGAUAUGAUAGCUUUGAUUGGAACACUGUGCCUCUCGACGGUCGGAGUCGCUUUGCCGGCGAUUAUAAAUCAGUUGACCUUCUAUGAACAUUAUCGUAAACAAGGCAAAUGGCGAUAUGUCAUAUUUUGUCUCAGUAACUUGGCGAUUGUCUUGGUUGCCAUUUUUGCGUUAGUAGUCGGCAUGUAUAAAAGUGUGACGAACAUCAUGAAUACCAUGGAAAAAUAA